UGUUGGUCAGCUCUUCCCUCAAGCAAGACCGCUCCCGUCAGAAUGUCAGCCGAAGUUGAAACGUUUUACCCACACGUCGUCCUUGCUUUAACUCUCCUUCGUUAACUGCCGCCAUAAACGACGGCUUAUAUAUCUGCCUCGUAUCGCCGUCUGUUUUAUCGCUACUUAUUUCAGUGAACACCGGGCAAAGAAUCCAGUGGACGUCGCCUCCGGUGUGAGCACAGAACCAUUCAGGAGAUUGAAAUGGGGCUUCUACAAUUAGUACUCUUCUGCGGCUUUAUCGCUGGUGUCCUCGCGGGCAGCAAGUACGACUCCAACGUCUACAUUGACUCCAUCGUGUCCACCGUGCUUCCCACCAAUGCCAGGAGCCUCGGCCUGGACAGCGUGGAUGUCCCCAGCUACGCGUUCAUUGUGAAGAGCACGUCUUUGACUAACUGGGACCUGCACGUCGAGUUCCACGGAGGCAAGCUCGUCGGCCUGGUCAGCCCUGGGCUGGUCCGCUGGGGAGACUGCUCUGCUCCCGGAUGGCAGGGCUUCAACGUCACGCUGGGAUGCUACCUGUCGCUUGACAACCUCCACUUGAGCUAUGUGGGAUCUGCCAAGGGCGACAGUGUUCUCAACACAAACAAGACCCUUUCUUUGAACGUGGUUCCCGUCAAGUCUUCCGCUUUCAUCGAGGUCACUUCCGGGUCAGGGGGAAUUCCUUCACUCAGGACGUGGCUCAUUCGCCCCCUCAACUUCAGUGUCGGCGUCACGAAGCCACUGACAUUGAACGACCAACGAAAAACCGCCUUCCAGAGCGAAAUUGCCAAGCACUCGCAGGCUGCACUGCUCAACGUGCUACUGGUCCGUUUCAAAGAGGCCGUGGAGAGAUCCGUUCGAUCGGUGAAAAUGCCGAAACCCUAGAACUUGGUACAAAGACGAAUAACCUAUCCUUCUCAAUUGAAUUCAAAGUAAAGAAAAUCUGCUUCGUCAUUUGAAUGUUUAUUAAAACAUUAUUUUAAUUGAAAA